AUCACUCACCGGCGGCGGCCAGGCGGCACAGCAGCGCGAUCAGCAGCACGGCCCGCGCUCCGGCGGGGGCACGCGGCAUCCUGAGGGAGCGGCUCGGCGACGUCGCGACGGGGAUAAAGCGCGGUUAAACUGGAUACAUCUCACAGAAUGUCAGUUCUAAAACUCCCUACUCUCCGCUGAGGGCUCGAACUGCUGAGCUGCAUAACCAGGCUCCUUCCUAUGCUCUAAAACCAGACUUCUCUGUCCAUAAAAAGGUCAACACAAACAGGGCAUGCCAAAUUUUUUGCCUCAGGGAACAUACUGGACAGAAAAAGACCCUGGGCAGAACCCAUUGCCUUCCUGCUCCAGUGCCAGCCACGCAGCCGUUACAGACAUGAUGUGACCAUCACCAUCACUGCAGAUACCUGGAAGUGGUGGGAGAGAAACUCCAAGCCGUUGCUGGACCUGGGCCAUUUGGGCUCCUGCAGGACUGGAUAAAUAACAGUUUUCAGUAUUAGACUUUGGACGUGGACAUUUAAACCCCUCUUCGUCUCUGAGCCUCGCUUCCCGGGAUUCUCCUCGACCGUAACGCAAAAACCUCCCUUUGCCAGGAUUUGCUGCUGGCAGCGUCAGGGCGGGGGCAGCGCCGCGCUGACUGCGGAGCGGGGGCACAGCGCCACCCGGCGCCAGGCGCUGACAUUGCCCACCUGCCGCACAACGAGCAAUGGUUCGGGGCAACGCCGUCGAAGUUCAGACACGAGAACAAACAAACAAAACAAGUAAAAAUAUUUUUGGUGUAUUUAUUUUUAAUCCUGUUCUAAUCCAGAUGUAUUGUCUACCCAGUGUAAGAUAACUUUUCCCGGAGUGAUUGAAAGAAAACACAAAUCUCGGAUCUGCUCGGUGAAGGCAGGCCUCGCUCCUCAUUCUGCUGCUCUCCCGUGAACUUCAGCUGCUCGGAAUCUGCGUGUCGUUAUAAGAUUUGUUCUUCUUGCUGUUUUCCUUUAUGCACGCUAAGAAUGUAACCCAGAGCUCAAGGAGAACCCUUCAGAAAGGCUCAGGCCAGCAGUGGCAGCCGGUGGCAGCAGCUGGUGACAGCGGGCUGUUGGUUCCAGCAUCAGCCUUCAGCACAGCGUUCUUCCAGAGGGAUCUUUCUUAAUCCGAGGAGGAGGUGACCCGUUGUGUCUGAGCCACAGGAAUCUGUAGAGUGCGUUUCUGAACUAAGGGAAUGGAGACCAGUCGUUUCUAGAAAGUGCACGGACCCUCUCUGGCUGCUCCUCUUCUUCCUUUUCUGGGCUGGUUUGAUGUUUGUAACUGGCUAUGCUGUGACGGCUGGUGCUGCGGAAAGACUUGUGCUUGGAUAUGACAGCUUUGGGAACAUAUGUGGCAGGAAGAAUGUUCCUGUAAAAGGGGUGCCCCUUUCUGGAAGGGACAUGACUAAUAAAAAGUAUGUGUUCUUUCUGAAUUCGUGCAGCCCGGAAAUGCAGAGCCCCAAAAUCAGUUCAGUUUCCUUGUGCGUGUCUAGUUGUCCACAAGAGCAGCUCAACUCCUUGGAAGACCUCCAGAGUUUUGCAAGGAACAAUGGUUCUUGUCUUUGUGUUUACAACCUGAGCAUUUCCAGUUACACACUAAAUCCAAAGGCAGCUGAGCUGUGUCCCACACUGCCCGUUCCACCAAGUAAAUCUUUUCCAUUAUUUAAUCGGUGUGUUCCACAACAUCCUGAAUGCUAUUCCAAAUAUGCAUCUGUCUUAAUAAGUAUGGUUAAUGAAAUGGAUGUUUUUCACCGAAUUCUGAGUGGAAUAUUGGCAGGAAGAGAUACUGUGAUAGGACUGAGUGUUCUUGCACUAGCUUUCUCUUUUAUAGUGGUUUUGACCUUCAGAUUCAUUCGGACACUUCUGGUCCAUACUUUGAUUGCACUGGUUGUGUUUGGGUUGUUAUUUGUCUCGGGUGUCCUCUGGUGGCUCUACUACGACUACAGGAACGAUCCCAGCACUGAAUUGGAAACAGAAAAGGAGAAUGUAAAAUUUCUAUUUGGAUAUGCCAUCUUCUCUACAGCAGUUACAGUUGUUCUGCUUUCCCUUAUACUUGUGCUAAGAAAAAGGCUUCAGUUCACUGUACAGCUCUUUCAGAUUGUUGGUAAAAUAAUGGGCAGAAUCCCUUUCCUCCUGUUCCAACCACUUUGGACCUUUCUGAUUCUGAUCAUCUUCUGGGUAUUUUGGGUUGCUGUGCUGCUUAGCUUAGGAACUGCAGGUACUGCACAGACUACUUCAGAAGGACAAGUGGAAUAUAGAGCUUUUUCUGGAAUUUGCUACAUGGCAUGGUAUCAUUUCAUUGGCCUUAUUUGGACUAGUGAAUUCAUUCUUGCCUGCCAGCAAAUGACAGUUGCUGGAGCAGUGGUUACUUGUUACUUCAACAGAAACAAAAAUAGCCCACCACGUCAUCCAGUCCUCUCCUCCAUUUCAGUUCUUCUUUGUUAUCAUCUAGGAACUGUUGUAAAAGGCUCAUUUUUAAUCACCAUACUGAGAAUACCAAGGAUUGUUCUCUUGUACCUUUAUAAUAUCCUAAAGCAAAAGGAAAGUACAUGUGCAAAGUGCCUGUUGAAGUGCUGUUUCUGCUGGUUGUGGUGCCAGGAAAGUUGCUUAAGAUACGUUAACCAGCAUGUGUACACAACUACCGCCAUAAAUGGGACAAAUUUUUGUACCUCAGCAAAGGAUGCUGUCUUCAUUUUGACGAAGAGUUCUGCUGAAUUGGCAUCCAUUAGCUGUUUUGGAGGUUUUAUCAUAUUUCUAGGAAAGGUUUUUGUUGUAUGUUUUACUGUUUUUGGAGGAUUGAUGGCAUUUAACUACCACCGGGAGCUGCAAGCUUGGGUAGUUCCUCUGUUGCUGGUUGGAUUUUUUGCCUACCUGAUGUCCCACAGCUUUCUGUCUGUGUUUGAAGUGACGCUGGAUACCACGUUCCUCUGCUUUGCUAUUGAUAUGGAAACAAAUGAUGGAUCUGCAGAGAAGCCGUACUUUGUGGACCAGGAACUGCUGAUGUUUGUGAAUCAGAAUAACAAGUUAACAGACAGGCAAAAACACGGAAGCAUGAGACGGGGCAGUGAAGAUGGGACAGAGCUCCAACCUAUGACUUGAAUGGGAAAUGCAUUGGGAAGUACUAAAGCAGAUCAGCAAGAGCAGAAACAGUUGCAGAAAAAAAGUAAAGGUUACCAGCAACCCAGGACAAAGUGAGAGUUCUGUAAAUCUCUUCUGUACCCUCUGUGCUGGUAAAAUGACAAUCUGUUUGCGUGAAUGAUGUAUUUUGUGUCAGAGCACCUGAUUUUUAUUAACAGUGUUGUUACAACAUGUAUGAAAGUUGUUAAUAAACAAAUUCCUUGGAA